UCUCCCCAGGAUGGAUACCAGCACGUGUUCUUUUACUAGUCAAAGUGCUCCCCAAUCUACUGCACAACGAAAAUUUUAUCAGUGGGUACUUAAAUGGAUAAGCGGAAUACAUCUGCAUACUGAAUCAAACGAGGAAUUACGAGACGUUCGAAAUCCAUCGAGAGUGGAUGUACCAACUCUGGCCAGUUUUCUACAAGCGAUUGGUUUUAAGCUGCUCUCGUUUGAAAAAAACAAUGAUGUUCAAAAAAAGGACGAGACUGAUAGUUCGACACCUAAGCCAGGCAUUCUUAAAAUCGCCAUCGAAUGCGGCUCUUCUAAAUUGAGAGCAAUUUUAGAAUUAGGGGAUGUGACAUGUCGAUGUCCUAAUCCUGAUCAUGUCAAGGACGCGUCCUUCUGGAGUGUUAGUGGCACCGGACCAGUCGGAAGCACUGACAAUAUUGUGCACAAAGUAGAGGAAACUGGUAGUAAUUUAUUGCCUCCUCUAUCGAAGGAUAUUACACGAGUUUUGCGCGAUGUAUCGAACAAACUUUUCGAAACGAUCGUCGGUGAACCGGAUGUCAAUCGUAACACAGACAUAAGUUUAAAUAUUUCCCGUUCGAGUAACGCGUCUUACGAGCCAAAGGUUGCGCAGGAGGGUUUGAGGAAAGAGAUCGGCGUUGUGCGAAGCUAUACGCAACCAGAAAUGCGUUUACAUACAAACGAUUUAAAUACUAAGGACACUCAGAUGUCUAUAAGCCGAAAUACAUCUCCACUACACUCAAGGAAACCCAUUUUACGUCAAAAGACAUGGGAUAUUGACAUGGAAACAGGAAAUUUGGAUGCGGAGCCACGACCGUCGCCACCAAAACGUACGAGUUCUCCAACUAUGGUUGCUGAACUAUCUAAUUCAUUAGGACAGAUUUCACUGCAAGGGGAAAUCGAAAAUUCUAAAAAUUUAGCAGAGUACAUAAUAGGAGCUAAACAAAAUUUAGAAAAGGCUCUUAAAAUGUUAGUCGAGAAACCGAUUAUUUCAGUUGAUGUAUCUCUCAAUCAAGAUGACAGUGUAUCCGUAAAAUCGGCACCUGCGAACAUAUCGCCGACUGCGGUUACCAGUCCAUACAAACCAACACGAUCGCACACAAUCAGUGGUGUUAGACCGUUAAUAAAAUUAACAAACGAAAAACAAUUGUUGACAAAACCAAUGUUGGGAAAUGGACAACAAACGCCAAAAACGCGGCGUACUCUCGAGCCAGUAAUAUCUCAUUCUGCGAGGAGAAAAAGCACGCACUUUGAACAAGAGAACACAAAACCAACAGUUCGUCGCAGGAGUUUUUAUAUGCCUUCGUCUAAUUCGAACCUCUCGUUGCUUUCAAAACCCUCUGAUGCGGGACAAAAAUGGUCGAAUACUGGAAAGUACAGUAUGGCAAAACCUAAUCUUACAGCUGAAUCUAAUUUGUCGAAUCGAUCUUAUAUAACAUCAAAAACGGUUGCCUCAUCUGAACCUCGUAUUGGUGCUUCUAAAAAUUUGGAAUCGUUUAAUGCAUCGAACAGCCGUACAUCGAUGCUGAAGACACCCACGAAAAUUUCAAAAGCGAUACCCAUUAAAAUAAAACCAAUACAACCGUCAAAAAUAAGCACAGGGAUUACUAAAAAUUCGAGAAUUAGUAUUUCGAAAGAAUGA